UCAUUUCUUUAAGUACGCUUACAUACGCUGACGAGUCUCGUGACUGAUUCAUUGAUAAAUACACUCGUGAUUUGGUAGCUUCAUGUGACUGUUCUGUUCCUGACUCUCUUUCGCCUUCUGGUCUCGACUUGGCAUCAUCCUAAUAUUCCUGUUGAACAAAGUACUGUACCGAUUUUUAACAAUUAUCAUUAUUAUUAUGACUUAUCAUCCUCACUGUGAGAAUAGACAGGGUGACGUGGUGGUGAAAGUGGAAUUUUGUACAGGGAGAACUAUUAUUUCUUAAUUUAAUGGACGACGAGACAAAAUGAAGGAACAGUAGUGCGAGGAAAAUGUUAUGAGACGGGACAAGUACAAAAAAGUUUCUGUUUUUACUUGAAUUCUGUGUGACGUUAUUUUUUAAGUUGAGAAAUUUGUAAGGGGAAAGCGUAGCAUUAUUGUAUAUUAUGGAGCCGUCUACUCCCAAAAAUUUGAGCAAGUUCCUAGGACAGAUCGUUAAAGCGCUAUCUUUCAGUAAUGAAACGGAUAAGACUGAUUCUGAAACUAUUCAACCUGAUAUUGUACAACAAGCAGAAGAAGCUUUAGAGCACCAAUUUCCAGGUACAGCCUCGGCGCAAACAGGGUCGACGACUCCCACGCGUCUACUCGUCUUUCGCAGUGAGGAUGCGGAAGUACGGAAAAUCCUCUUUGAUUCCAUGUAUGUAACGGAUGAAGGGCAGUAUAUGACGAGUCGGCAAAAAGAUGCAAAAUUCCUGAAAGACAUUGUCGUAAAAUUUGCGUUUGGCGAGGUUCCAUUAAAAAACCCGGAAACGAUUCGUUUCGCAAGACUGGAUGAGAAUCAAUACGUUUUUGCUAUAGUCUUCAAUUUGGCUACGGCCUCAGCUUCCACAAAUCCCUCCCCUCGGAAACCACCCCCCUUCCAGCACGAUUCCUCUACCGAGUCAUCCUCCUCAUCCUCGGGGUACAGUUCCCUCCCCAUUUUGGACGACCAAUCGUCAGGUGAUUAUAGUGGACCUUCUUCGUCUUUAAAUCCGUCCCACUCCCUCCCAGCAACGCCAUGCCAUUUCCAAGCUCAUCGUCAAACAACUCACAAGGCAGGGAGUGGAUACCGGUGUCGAAAUUCUGGCAAAAUGACACGAAUUUCGACACUGGGUGCCGUACUAAUGUUUUCGACACAAAUUUCACCUUCACUCCUGGAACCCCUACUACUCCCAAUGCAAGCCUACAUCAUACAAAUGUACCAUCUAAGGACAAAGUUUCCAACAAUGCUCAAAUCGUAUUACAAUUGUUUAAGUGUAGAUAUACAGAACCAUUCUAGCCUAGUGAAACAAGAGCUACCAAAUGUUCUUGAUAUUCUUCCAUUAUUUAAUUUAAAGAUUUUUGCAGAAUUUAUUUCUCUUUUGGUCACAAAUCCGUGGUCAAAGAUUAAUGUUAUUUGUCCUACAAAAGUUGUGAAUUCUGCCCUAGCCAUUUUUAAGAUUUGUUAUAUGAUUAAGAAUUUUAAACGGAGAUUUCCACCUCCUCCUACUUCUUCACCACAACGAAGAACAUCGUCGCAGCAAUAUAAUAGUACUUCUGCGUCCUCCUGUAAUAACCCCGAAAACAGCAGUUCGGACUCGGGCUAUUUUAGUUGUAGUACUUUACAUUCUACGACUGUAAAGUCGACAAGUGUCUGUGAUGAAGAAGAAGAAGACGAAGAGUUGAUCUGUGAUAGUAGAAGUAAUAAAAGUAGUACUAAUAGUUUUGUCGAACAAGAAGAACCAAACCGCAACAAAUUUUAUCUCGGAGACGAAGAAGACGAUGAACAAACAGAAUCUAAAUUUGCUCUUUCAGAACCUAUGAAGGAGAAACUAUUUCCUAAUGCGCCCCUUCCAAAACCUGUAAUCAAAGUACAACAAGUUCCUCUCCAACUAUCAUCUCCUACAGAAGUUAUGGGGAGGACGGACCAAUAUUCAAAGGACAUUUACUAUCUCAAUAACUCUACAAGAUUUAGCCCUUUCCAAACAUACCAACUAUUUCAUGCCGCACCAAACUAUGACUACAUUCACACUGUCACGAACGAAAUACUGGAAAUCAACUUGAACAAGUUGAUGCUUCGUUCGAUAAAUCUCAAAGCUACGCCACCAGAACCAUCAAAGAAGGCGAUUCGUGAAUUAGUAUCUAAAACCCGUUCAUUGUGCAAACUGAUAACGGAUAGCGAAAAAUCUUUGUUCUUUUUUCUUGUAAAUCUCGUUGAAAUUAUCAAAUAAAUUCAAAAAACUUUUUAUUAUUGAAUGUA